CUAGAGUGAGCUCCACGCGUUUACAAUUUGGGUUAAACAAGCGAUCGCUUGUCUCUCUUGGAAAGUAACCCUGAUCUGUUAUACGAUAUAAUAUAAAGAUGUCGGAUUUCUCAGCACUGGGGCUGUCGGAGUGGCUGUUACAGCAGUGCACACAGAUGGGUAUAAACAAACCGACCCCAGUGCAGCAGAGCUGUGUGCCCGCGAUAUUAGAAGGUCGGGACUGUAUGGGUUGUGCAAAAACUGGCAGUGGAAAGACGGCUGCGUUCGUCCUGCCAGUGCUGCAGAAACUGUCAGAGGACCCCUACGGGAUAUUCUGUCUGGUGCUUACACCCACAAGGGAGCUGGCGUAUCAAAUUGGAGAGCAGUUCCGAGUACUGGGAAGGCCACUGGGACUGAGGGACUGUGUCGUAGUGGGUGGAAUGAAUAUGGUAGCACAGGCCCUGGAACUCUCCAAAAAGCCUCACGUUGUCAUAGCAACCCCCGGGAGACUGGCUGACCAUAUCAGAAGUUCCAACACCUUCAAUAUGAGAAAACUCCGCUUCCUGGUUCUGGAUGAAGCUGACAGACUCCUAGAACAAGGCUGUACAGAUUUCACCAAAGACCUGGAGGUGAUCCUGGGAGCUGUUCCUGCUAAAAGACAGACCUUGCUGUUCAGCGCCACCUUAACAGACACCCUGCAGGAGCUGAAGAGCAUAGCCAUGAACAAGCCCUUCUACUGGGAGUCUCAGUCUGAGGUGCGCACGGUCGAUGAACUGGACCAGAGAUACAUUCUUGUUGCUGAGAAAGUGAAAGAUGCUUACCUGGUGCGUUUGAUUCAGAAAUUUCAGAACGAACAUGAAGACUGGUCUAUCAUGAUCUUCACCAACACUUGCAAAAAUUGUCAAAUCUUGAACAUGAUGCUUAGAGAAUUCAGCUUCCCAUCUGUGGCUCUCCACUCCAUGAUGAAACAGAAACAGAGAUUUGCUGCUCUGGCAAAAUUCAAGUCCAGCAUUUUCAAGAUCCUCAUUGCAACUGAUGUAGCUGCCAGGGGUUUGGACAUCCCCACUGUUCAGGUUGUGAUCAAUCACAACACCCCCGGCCUGCCCAAAAUCUACGUGCACCGCGUCGGCAGGACGGCCCGUGCAGGGCGACACGGCAUUUCCAUUACACUGGUGACCCAGUACGAUAUUCACCUCGUUCACGCCAUUGAAGAGCAAAACAAAGCCAAACUGAAGGAAUUCUCCGUGGCGGAGAGUGAGGUGCUGAAGAUCCUGACCCAGGUGAACGUGACGAGGAGAGAAUGUGAGAUUAAACUGGAAUCGUCGGACUUUGAUGAGAAGAAGGAAAUCAACAAAAGAAAGCAAAUGAUUCUUGAAGGAAAAGACCCAGACCUGGAAGAGAAAAGGAAAGCUGAACUGGAGAAAAUCCAUAAAGAGAAGAGGAAGUUCAAGGAGAGGAUACAAGAGAAUCUGCAGAGACAGAAAGACAUUCUGCUGAAGAAGAAACUGCUGAAGAAGAAACGGAGGCAACAGAAACAAGAGGCAAAGGAGAAGCCAUGAGGGACUGGGGGCCUUUCCCACAUGGGUCUGGUUUGGGUCCAGAUUGUCUGUCGGAAAAUUACAACAUUAAACCAGCGACUAAAAAUUCCAGUCCAUUAAAUCAAGAUCCAUUUCUUAUCGUACCCUUUUAACGUGCAUUGGGACAUUAUACAGAAUCACUUGGUGGGUCAUUUACUCGAUUUACACCAAAAACGUUGUUGUGAUAGACUAAAAUAUCUGUCAGUAACUUCUGAAAUUAACUUAUUGAAAUCUGUAAACCAAUAAUAUGCUGAUAGAAAAGUGUGUGCAGUACACUGGAAACUAAGUGUUUUACAUUGGGUUUCUUUCCUGCUUUUGUAUAUUUCAGUAAAUAUUUCCAUGCUAAAGAAUGUGGUUAAAAGCAGCUGUUUAGAUAAUGCAUAACAAAACAAGUGCCCCUUGCUGAGUGGAAUUCACCUUAAACUGUCUGUCAGCAAGCACUACAACGGCCUUCUUAUUUGAAACGGGUUUUGUGGGGUUGGUUCUUUGUGUGAAAGGGCAUAAAAGACACUUCCCAGGUUACACUUUUGCACGUCAGUUCCACGGGGACAAAAAGUUGCACCAGUUUGACGCUUACUUUUUGAGAAAACCACAGCAUCAUACAUAUGUGUUAAUGCAGAUUUGUUUCUCUAAAUUAAAAUGAGAUAGAUC